UUUUUUACUUCUUUGCAGAUUUAUGCCCUGUGGCUUCUAUGCCCAGCACUUGGAGGAGACUUAUUUUUGAACAAUUAUUUUUAAGGCCACCACACAUGCUUGGGAGUAAGGAUAUGCCUGCCAUAAGGAAGCCCCUGGACUAGAGAAAGGAGAGCUGGUUUUGCUUAUACGGGGGAACACCAUUUCCUCUCAUCUAAGGGAGGAAGGAGGGACAUGCAGUUUUUAUUAGAAAAAGAAAAGUUGUUACAGGGAUUCAGGUGUUCACACUCUGAUCCAUCCCCAUCCUUUAGUCUGGGUCACAUGGAAGUGAAUAUGGAAUCUUAGAAGGAUCUUGGACUUUAAUCAGAAAACCAGUUUCUCCCAAAUGAACUGAAUUCCUUUUAUGAAGUUGCUGAAGUCUGAGCCUCAGUUUCUUAAUCUAUGAGAUGGGGAUAAAAAUCACAUUAAUCUUAUAAAGAGUUAUUAUAAAGAUUGGGUAAGAUCAAUUAGAGAUCAAAUAUACCUUGUAAUGCAUAAACGUUAUAGAAAGCUUUUUUCAUCAGCAAAAAAUGUUCUGCAUCCUAUAUCUUUUUUUUUCUGUUACUGUCACUAAACCCAACUUCAUCUUCUCAAGUUUGAGAUGCUCACUUCUCUAUCAUAUCACUGGCAUCAGUAAGCUAUUCAAACACCACUGUCUGGCUAAGCAGGCUGUUCCGCCGUAGCUUUGAAUACUGACAAGGUCACAAAUCACACGAAGGGAGAUAAAUUCAUGGUUUACUUUACCAUCCUCCUAAUUCCUAUUGUACUGGCUGACGUCUCUCUCAACACAGAAGUCUGUGAUCUCUGCAGAGCUCCCUCUCCCUAAAUGCUCUGUUCCUAUUCUUUGUCCAGGGUGAGCACUUCCUAAAAAACCCCUGAAUCUAAGGGAAUGUUUUUCAAUUUCUUACUAUAAAGCACAGCUAACUCAACUCAGGACUUCAUAGUGUUUCCAGGCUAUGUCUCCCUUGAUUAAGUCAGUCAUUAUUUAAUUUAUUUCCAGACCAUAGUAUUUGUUAGAUUUGCUUCCCUAAGCAAGAAAAACAGUUGACUCUACAGUGACUAAGCCCUUUCUCUCAGGGGUCUUAAGAGGAAGUAAGUCAGAUAAGUACUUCUGGGAUCCUGAUGCUGCAGCCGAGGGUAACAAGGGGUGGGAAAUUGGUGCUGAACUGGCAUCCAAGAGCUGUGACGAGGGAGUGGGAGCGGGGAGAGGACAACAUAAAGGACCCUGUGGUUUGCAUACGAUUCUGGUUCUCAGACUUUGGACUAUGAGCAUUGGUCCCGAAGAGCCAAAGCCAUAGGUCACGAAGAACCAUUGCAUCUAACCUUAGUCCGGGUGUCCCGGGGGGGAUAUGACAUCUCAGAACACGACUGGUGGUAGGAGACCAUGGGGUGCUGCAUACUGCAUGCACUGCAUUUAAGAGUCAGCUGUGUUUCAUUUUCUGUGACUGGUGCUUGUUCUGUACAGAGGAAAUGUGCAAAGGAGAUGGCAGUGCAGAUGGAUAUAGAAUGUCUUUAAUUCCUCUUUCUAACAGGACAGCUCCACCAGAACCUGCCUUCUAACACAAGUAUUUUGCUUCGGUAGUCCCUGAGGUAAUGCACGCACAGGCACCCUGCAGACUCCAGUGGACUGUAUGUACCCUGACAGGGCCUCCUUCCAUCCACAGUGAGAGGGAAGCACACAAGAGAUCUGACAGAACUCAGUUGUCACGUGGUCUUUUCUCUGUCCCUUUGAGAGAGAAGGUGUUUAUCUUUCCUGAAGACUCAGCCACAGCUCUGUCCCUGAUCCUCAGGGUGAACAAGCCGCUGAAGAACAGUGCCCUGCGCCUGAGCGCCUCCCAGACCCCACCCUGCUCCCACCUCCUCUCCUGCAUCUCCAAGUCCAAGGACCUCGGAGGACAGCACCCGCUGUACACUGGGCGUGCGUGCUCACUGUCAAGGGCCCCUGCCUUCCUAGGCCCCAAUCCAUGCCUGGGCCAGCUGGGUGCCUGCCUCCGGGAUUGCAGAACCCGGGAGGGUGGGAAGCUCCUGCAGAGGAAGGGUGUGAGAAAGGGACAAGAGCGGGAUUCUGUUGGGAGACAUUAGGACACAAAACAACCCUUUGCUGGUGAGAUAGGGGACACAUGGCCAGAUCACGUGCUCUCCCCAAAAGGGAUGUGCCUCUCAUGUUACAGUAACAGCCUCCUGAACUGGCAGGCCCUGCCUUAUAAAGAUAACAGCUAUGUGGUCACUAGCCCAAGGUGUGGGCUGAAGCGUCCCUUCUCUGGACACGAUUUGUGUUGGUGAUAAUCACUCA